AAAACAUCAGGAAACGUAGAAUUGUGAACUUGUCAUGUUGUCAUUUUAGUGUAGCUGUCAGGGGUCCAAGAUCGCAGGAGGAAAACAGGGCAUUAAGGCCUAAACGUGAUGUCAGGCCUGAAGAUCUUGAUGACCAAUUCGCUUCUGUUCUCCCUCCAGCGAGGUCUCUGCCAGGCACUUGCUCCGAAGACUUAUUUUAGAAAUAUUAAAACACUGACUCAGGGGGAUGUAUGUCCAAAUGAAGGGUUCUUGAAAGUAGUUACUUGUAGUUAUGAAGGUAGGAAGUAUUGCAGCUUAAUUCAGGGUCAACCAAGGUGUUCCGUUGCGGCCAUGGAAGGGACUCCAUCUGCGCCCGACGAGGUCACCUGUGCUUCAGGCAGUGAGGCUGGUCAGUACAGAGAGGUGACAUCCGAUGACUGGAAGCUCAGUUCUGGAGAAUUCCUCAAAUUUCCCUUAGACCCAGAGAAGGAAAAUUAUGUCAGGAGGAAUGUGCUGAACUCCGUCUUCUCCAUGGUGAAUCCAACGCCCCUGGAAGGGCAGACGGCCUUGGCAGGGGUCUCGGCAAGGGCUCUGGAUGUGAUUGAUUUGCAUUCUUCUGUUGCGAGUUCUACACGGUUUCGAGAUUUUGCCUCUGGAGGCUGGAUUCACCCCGGGUCAACACCCCUUGCGCAUCGGUAUGGUGGGCAUCAGUUCGGGUGGUGGGCGGAGCAGCUUGGCAACGGGAGGGCACAUCUGCUGGGGCAUUACGUCAACAGAAAUGGCUCAUGGUGGGAGCUGCAAUUGAAGGGUUCAGGGAAAACCCCCUACUCCCGUGGUGGAGAUGGAAGAGCAGUAAUACGGUCAAGUGUUCGAGAGUUCCUUGCUGCUGAAGCUAUGGCUGCUCUAGGUUUCAGAACAUCAAGAAGUGCAUCGAUUGUGGUGGGAGAAGAGUUAGCCUUAAGAGAUCAGUUUUAUAAUGGGAAUCUGAAGAUGGAGAAGAUGGCUGUGGUGCUUCGUCUUGCUCCUACUUGGUUCAGAUUUGGUUCUUUAGAAAUACUUGCCAGAAGGAAUGAAAUAGAGCUUCUUCAGUUAUUAGUGGACCACAUAAUUGAGAAACACUUUAGAAGUAUAGCAGUUACAGAUCCUGAUAGAUAUCUAAGCCUUUUCUCAAAGAUUGUUGAAGAAACAGCAGAAAUGAUUGCACAGUGGCAGAGUGUUGGUUUCACUCACGGGGUAAUGAACACUGAUAAUAUGAGUGUUGCAUCAGUCACUAUAGAUUAUGGACCAUUUGGAUUUCUGGACACUUAUGAUCCUGAUUUUAUACCAAAUUCAUCUGAUGAUGAGGGUAUGUAUAGCUACAAAAAUCAGCCAAAAGUAGGACAUUACAAUCUGCAUAGACUCGCUGAUGCUCUCCGGCCACUACUGUCACCAAGUCAGAUACAACAGAUAAAGCAUAUCCUCCCUGGUUUUCAUGUGCAUUUUCAAACUGCUUAUCUUCAGUUGUUUGCUCGGAAAUUAGGGCUUCAGAAUUCUAAAAUAGAAGAUGAAACACUGGUUCAAAGUUUGUUGGAUAUAAUGAAGGACAGUAAGGCAGAUUUUACCAUGACCUUUUGGGAGUUAGGAAACCUUUCAUUGGAAGAUAUAGAGGCCAAAAAUGUGCCCAGGAACUUUUGGAGCUUGCCAAAGAUUUUAAGUCAUUACAAAUUUGAUUCAUUCCUGAGUCAGUAUAAGUUGCGCUUAGAAGAAGAAAAUUCCAGCGAGGAGACAAGGCAGUCCAUCAUGGCAAGUGCCAAUCCAAGGUAUAUCCUAAGAAACUGGAUAGCUCAGCAAGUCAUAGAAAAAGUUGAACAGGGAAAUUAUGGUGAGUUAGACCAAGUGUUGAAGAUUUUAAACAGUCCCUUCUCUAUUCAACCAAUUGCUGAAAAGAAAGGCUUUGCCAGUUCUCCUCCCAAAUGGUCAAAAACAUUAAGAGUCAGCUGCUCAAGCUGAAGUUGAGUCAUCUUGUACACUAGCAUAUACCUCAUGGAGAGAAAUGUACAGUACAAUUACCACUAUGCACAUUGUCUAUUUUUGUUCUGAUUUUACUGCAAUUAAACUAGAUCUGUAAGGUAUCUGAACGUCAGUGGUCUAAAUGUCUGUGUGAAGUAUAUGUGUGCUUUUGUAUGGAUAUGUAUGUAUGUGACAGAUAGAUAUCCUCUUUGUAUGUUUGAAUACAGAUUUAGAGACACACACACACACACACACACACACACACACACACACACACACACACACACACACACACACACACACACACACACACACACACACACACACACACACACACACACACACACACACA